UCCUUGUGGCAUGAGAUGCUAUGCAUACUGCAAGGAUUCCAAUAUUUCAUUCUACAUGCAUCUCCACAGUACCUGGGUGAAGAUGGAAAUGUUAUCCGAGGCUUGCACAGAACUCCUUUACUCAAGUUUCAGGAUAAGUUGAACUUCACUAUGGAUAGCAUAGGUGGAAACUGUCACGUAACGGGGGUGAGCGAGUCUGGAGCUUCCUAUGCUGUGAUAGAUUUUGGAACAAACUACUGCAACUUGCGCAACUUAGUGAUUGGCUCAAGACUGGAUGAGAAUGACAGGUUUUAUAAAGAGAAUUCAACCAACAGAGUUUGUACAAUGUACUCAAUUGCCUACUGUAAUCUCUAUACUUAGUGGGUAGACUGCUAAUGCAAAAGAAGAGUGGUGGGUCAAUAAUACUUUACUCUGGAAGUCUGCACUCCUUUUCAAAUGCCUCAGGUCAAAUUACAUUAAGAAAAUGAUAUAUUUAAAACUACAAUUACCAGAAUUGUUUUGCAAAUACUUCCAUCUUUUAUAAAUGUGUGCUAUGGAUGGGAACCUUUUUGACUAUUGCAGCAUGUCCGUAUUAGGGAAAAUUCCUUUGCACAAUUAAAAACAAAAGGUAAGCCCUUCAUACCUAAAACUUUUCUCUAAACCAAAAAUAUACACAAGAAAUUAUUAUUGGUAGUAUAUUCACAAAAUAUUUACUUGCAAAUUUAUAUAUUAUGUGGUUUGAUUAUAAAGCCUAUGAAGUCAUUUCACAAUAUUGAUUUUGAUUUUUCAGUUGUUCUAAAGUCCAGAUGAUCGAAGUCCUCCAAAUAAGCUUCUGUAAUUACAGUUAGGAAGAGUUUAUUUGAUUCAUAUUCAUUUCCAACUUCUUUCCUUUUCUUUAUUUGUGCAAAUUUUAGUUUUAAAGAUAAGUAAAGAAUGAAAAGAAGCCUUCGUGUUAUCUGUAUCUGUGGCAAAUUCCAAGCUAACUCAGGCAGACAAAGAUACCAGCCAGUAUAAACUGUAAAUGUAGGUGCUUUUGUGAGAAGGGUAUUUUAGCACCAUGUUUUUAUUAUCCAGUUGCAGAUUUUGUCAUAUAUGAGGCUGCUUUUUACAUUUAUGAUCAGCUUGGAUGCUGUAUCGAACUCCACGUGUCCUUGGAGAAUAGCGUCCGUGGCACUUUAUACAUACUUAAAGCAAUAGUUCCUAAUUGUCUUAUGGAGGUUUAUUACUUACAAUGCAAAAUGAAAUAAUAAUGUGCUGUGCUCUUCAGUUCUGCCAACCCCAAGUUUUUUGGUACAAUGCACAAGGUAAUGUAGAAGUCAGCCAUUCCUAUUUUUUUCAUGAGGAAAUUUGAAUCGUUCUAAAAUGUUCAUGCUUCUGUGUUUUUUAGAAUUCACAGUAUGUCUUACAGGCACAGGUGUGUUCUUUCAUACUUGGACUUGCAUUUGUACUCUUUAAUUAUAUUGGGCACAAGAAUACUAACAUGUUUUGGUAUGAUUAUGAGAGCAUGUAGAGUAUGUGAUGUUCAUUCAUUAUUUUAUGCUGUUCAAUUUCUUCUUGUGUGUUUGAUUGCAUGUGUUUGUGUGCAUAUGUGUGCAUGUGUUUUUGUGUGAAUGUGUGCAAAUGUGUGCGUGACUGCAUGUGUGUGGUUAUGUAUUGAUGAUGUUUGUAGGUUGAAAUGUAUGUGUGCACAAAUGCAUGACAUGUCUAUCUUGUACCAUUCUGAGAAAAAGAGUGAAUUACCAUUCAACAGCAUUGCAUAAUCUCAUGAAUGUGAACAAAUAACUAUGUCUGAAGAGACUUGGUGUCUUCCAUCUAUUAUAAUUAUUAUUACAGCUAUAGAAAUGCUCUAAACUUGGUUAACUGACCAUGCGAUGACCGAGAGAAGGAAGUAAUGAUGUAUUUUUCACAUUUUGGUGUCAUUUGUCUAGUUUUUAAGAAAAUAUGAAGAAUAUCUGAUUAUGUUAAUGUAUUUUUGUUUGAGCUAUGAGAUUCUUUUAGUUUUAUAACCAAGUAAAGGUGCAAUUAUUAUUGUCAAGGGAACUUCAUCAUUAUCAUCAUUAUUAUUAUUAUGAUUCUUAUGCAUUGCAGGAAGUGUUUGUACCAGAUUUUGUAUACAAGGUGAUGUCUGAUAUUUUCUAGCAAAUGACUCGGUAUAUUAAAGAAAAGGAAUAUGAAUCUUUCUAUGUAUCUAAUAUGUGAUGCUGAAUAUGGCAUGGUAAUCUCAUGUUGUGAAUCUGAAGAUUUUAUGUGUUUUACCAUAUUUAGUUAGAACAGUGAUAUAAGUAUAUAUUUUACUAUGUUAUAGACAUUUUAUGCUGGUGAUGGGAAAGUACUUUAUAGUUUUAAAAAGCAAUAAUGAAGUGUAAGAGUAAUCAAUUCCUUCUAAAAUAUGAAAAUAUAGUUUAAUUAGAUAUGCCUUUCUGUUUUAUAUCAUGCGUUGUGGAUUUUUUUUAGUCAAUGUACAAAUUCUGUUCUAUAUUUUGGAGCCUCUGUUGUAGCCACAUAUAUUACUUAGGAAUUUAUUGUUUCCAUUAAGAAAAAAAGUUUUCUAAGGCAGACUCAUCGCCUCUAGAGCUUCACCUCAUU